AUUAUGGCAUUCUGUGUAGAUUAGGCUUCAAAGUACUCAAUAUCCAUAGUGGUAUACAAAAAAAAUUGAGGGUCUGAAUUUAAACUGACUGGUAAAUAUGGCAUAGUUUAUCCCAUUUUUGAGGGGUAAAUUAUUUCAUGACUACUGCACAAUCGGAGUGUGCACUUGGGCAGCUGCCAUGGAGUAGCUGACAUGCUGUAAAUUCACACUCUAGCUUACCUUGCAGUAACUUGUUUGUCUACCCCCUGCCUCAAAUAAGUUAGUCUAUCAUUAUUGUCCUGUUAAGUUGUUUUGAUGUAUGCAAUAUAUUGUUAAAUAGACAAUCCAGAUGUUGGUGUUUUGAGUCUAAAGGCUGGUUGUUAAUAUUAGUAAGGUUUUGCUGCACUUGACGUUAAUGUAUUUUAUACAUUGAAUCCUUACAAUUUUGACUUCUAAGACAUCCACACAAGCUGUUUCUGAUUUCUUUUCAUUCUUUUGUAGGAAUGAUUACCCUGUUGCCUUGGAGAUGAAAUGAUGAUGAUCCUGCUGUUGUAAAUGUAGGGCAGAAGACUAAUGGUGUGAGCAGUAUGGACCUAAUGAAUGGGCAAUCGAGCAAUGUUAAUAUUGCAGCUAUUGCUUCAGAGAAGAGUAGCAGCUCCGAAUCCUUAAGUGACAAAGGUUCUGCUGAACUGAAGAAAAGCUUUGAUGCAGUGGUAUUCGAUGUCCUCAGGGUUACUCCAGAAGAAUAUGCUGGUCAGAUAACACUAAUGGAUGUUCCUGUAUUUAAAGCAAUUCAGCCAGAGGAGCUGGCAAGUUGCGGGUGGAAUAAAAAAGAGAAGUAUAGUUCUGCACCAAAUGCAGUUGCCUUCACAAGAAGAUUCAAUCAUGUAAGCUUCUGGGUGGUUAGAGAGAUUCUUCAUGCACAAACUUUAAAAAUAAGAGCUGAGGUUUUGAGCCACUAUAUUAAAACUGCUAAGAAAUUAUAUGAGCUGAAUAACCUGCAUGCCCUUAUGGCAGUGGUGUCUGGAUUACAAAGUGCCCCCAUCUUCAGAUUGACUAAAACGUGGGCGUUAUUGAGUCGAAAAGACAAGGCUACCUUUGAAAAGCUGGAGUAUGUUAUGAGUAAAGAGGAUAAUUAUAAGAGACUUAGAGAUUAUAUCAGCAGCUUGAAGAUGACUCCUUGUAUUCCUUAUUUAGGUAUUUAUCUCUCAGACUUGACGUAUAUUGACUCUGCGUACCCAUCUACAGGGAGCAUUCUAGAAAGUGAACAGAGAACGAACUUGAUGAACAAUAUACUUAGAAUAAUCUCAGAUUUACAGCAGUCCUGUGAAUAUGAUAUUCCUCUGUUGCCUCAUGUUCAGAAAUACCUGAACUCGGUUCAGUACAUAGAAGAGCUACAAAAAUUCGUAGAAGAUGACAAUUACAAGCUUUCAUUAAAGAUAGAGCCAGGGACCAGCACCCCACAUUCUGCUGCUUCCAGAGAGGAUUUAGCAGGCUCUGAAGUGGGAGCAUCUCCACAAAGUGGAAGGAAAAAUGUUGCAGCUGAAGGAGCACUGCUACCACCAACCCCCCCAUCACCUAGGAACCUGAUACCACAUGGGCAUAGAAAGUGUCACAGUUUGGGGUACAAUUUCAUACAUAAAAUGAACACGGCAGAAUUUAAAAGUGCAACAUUUCCUAACGCAGGACCAAGACACCUAUUGGAUGACAGUGUCAUGGAACCUCAUGCCCCAUCCAGAGGGCAGGCGGAAAGCUCUACCCUUUCUAGUGGAAUUUCAAUAGGUGCUGCUGAUAAAGACCCUUGUUAUGGACACCUCCACUCAAAGGUGAGAAGCCCACACAGAUCAGCUGAAGGUUCAGGUAGCAGUGAUGGUUCAGAACUUAGUGAAGAGACUUCAUGGCCAGCAUUUGAAAGGAACAGAUUAUACCAUUCUCUCGGUCCGGUGACAAGAGUGGCACGAAAUGGCUAUCGAGGCCACAUGAAGGCCAGCAGUUCUCUAGAAUCUGAAGAUUUGGCUGUUCAUUUGUAUCCUGGCGCGGUUACUAUUCAAGGUGUUCUCAGGAGGAAGACGUUGUUGAAGGAAGGCAAAAAGCCUACAGUAGCAUCUUGGACAAAAUACUGGGCAGCAUUGUGUGGGACCCAGCUUUUUUACUAUGCUGCAAAAUCUCUGAAGGCUACAGAAAGAAAACAUUUCAAAUCUACCCCGAGUAAGAAUGUGUCAGUUGUGGGAUGGAUGGUAAUGAUGGCUGAUGAUCCAGAACAUCCUGAUCUCUUCUUGCUGACUGAUUCUGAAAAGGGAAACUCAUACAAGUUUCAAGCUGGGAAUAGAAUGAAUGCAAUGCUCUGGUUCAAACACCUGAGUGCUGCCUGCCAAAGCAACAGACAACAGGUUCCUGCCAACUUGAUGACUUUUGAGUAAAAGGCUAAUUCAGAAUGUGAAAGAACAAUUAGAACUUUCUCAUCAUUUGGAAGUGAGGUCCUGAUGAAAGUGUGCCAGCUGUAGAUUAACUGUGCCAGAUCAGAGCCUAUGGGCUCAAAUCUUUUAACUCUGGAUAAUGGAACAAAAAGCACUAACAGUUUGGGGUAUGAAAUCCCCUGUCGGAAAGAAUGGAAUUGCAACAUGAAUUGCCAUGGACCAUGCUUCUUAAUAUUCUCUAAACUGACCUGUGGAAACCACUGCCUUAAAGAGUGAAAGGAAAAUCAACAUGAAACACCAAAUAGUGUGUGUGAAACUUCUGGCGGUGCUGUGCUUGGAUUAAAUAGAUUGUACCUAGUUUGAA